CUUUCCGUCUUCACUCUUCACUCCUCACGCCACUUUCUUUCUCUCUCCUUCCAAACCUCAAUAGCACGCCGGAAAGUUCAGACACCGGAGCUCCUCCUAGCUGCACCUUCCACCUCCCUACUCCGUACUUUCCCUUUACCUUUAUGUCUCACCGGAAAUAGCAAAGUCAUAGAUACACUCUCUCAUACCAUCACCUCCGUACACACUCACUGACCUCUGCAACAUCGAUUUAUUCCUCGAUUCCUCUCCCUUUUCCUUUUACCGGUAAAAAGGUUACCCCUCUACAUUGAGCCCCUGUCUCUAUUUUUCCAUGGCCUCCGUCGCACGAGUACUCUUAACGCUUUCUCUCUCUACAUAGAAACAUCUUUAUUCUUCAAUCGAUAAAGGAAUCUCCUCUUUUUGCACGCUCUGUUCCUAUUUAUCUAUCUUCCUCUUGCACCCAAUGCGAAUCUGAAUAUUUGAUUAAUUCACUGAAAGCAGAGUAAAUGGGUAAACCAGAAAAGUUCGAUUGUGUCAAGCUCACUGAGCACAAAACCCGCACUACAAUGGUUACUAAGUCGUUGGUCACAUCAGUCGGAGAAAAAUCCACCAAUCGGGAAACAAAUGCCAUCUCCACCGGUCCUAGAGUUGUUAGGAUAUCAGUGACUGAUGCCUAUGCAACUGAUUCUUCCGGUGACGAAGGGGGUGAGUGUGAUGGCCGGCGAAGAGUGAGGAAGUUUGUUAAUGAAGUUACAAUCGAGACUCGUUCGCGAGAAGAUUUGAGAAACGGGAAUGGAAACAAAAGCGUGAGUAGAACGGCGUCUAGUCGGAGGAAGAAAGUCGUCGGAAAAGUUAACUCCACGGCUGAGAAGAGGUUAAAAGUUAAUACAGGUAAAAGGUUUCGCGGCGUAAGGCAACGACCGUGGGGGAAAUGGGCGGCUGAAAUCAGAGAUCCGAUGCGACGUGUACGGCUGUGGCUGGGUACAUAUGAUACUGCAGAAGAAGCUGCCAUGGUCUACGACCACGCUGCUAUCCAACUACGUGGACCCGACGCGCUUACUAACUUCACUGUGCCACCACCUGCAACUCUCCAGUUACCGGAGAAGAAGCCCUCUCCGGUGACUUCUGAUUACAACUCCGGCGACGACUCUCACAAUAACAAAGCGACAUCACCGAAAUCUGUUCUACGCUUCGCCUCCCCUUCCACAGACGACUCAACCACCGAAUCAACUCAUAACGACGCUGGAAACGAAGCUUCAGAUACCACCAAAGAUGAUGACGCAUCGGCGUUGGAGAAGUUCUCCGGUUUCCAUGCUUUUGACGCUCCUCUUUCCACCUCCGAUCUGUUCGAUUUCCCGGACAUCAUACCCGGCAUUUUCGACCCUACAAGCCUGUCUGGUACUCCGUUUCAAGACUCCGAUCCUGUGAACAUGUUCAUCGAUUCCGCCAUUGAUGUCGGGUUUGGUGCUUGGCCCGCUGAUGAUUACUUCAAUGAUUUUGGAGAUAUAUUCGGGUCGGAUCCGCUCGUUUCGCUCUAGAACCGGGUUUCGGAUAUCUGAGGAAAUUUUUGUACGAAUUUAGGAAGUUAAUUAUUUGUUUAUUAUAUAUAUAAAUAUAUAAAUAUUUAGGUAAACUCCGUUACCGUUAAUAGUAACGGACAAGUUGUUUAAGUGUGCUGAAGUUAGUGAUGCCGUUAAGGCAAGGCACGUGCUAGUGCACGUGAGUGAAAAAUGUUAAUGGUACUUCGAAUUAGGUGGAGGAAUGAAAUGGAAUGAAUGCUACGUGCUUUGAUCA